GACUGCUGAUCCUCAGCCUCGAGUGGAGGAGUGGUACCAGCCCAACCCAGUCCCAGUCAACCCGGCGACAGCACCGGUGCAAGGAAUCUCGCCGAUGCUGGGUGCGAUGGACCCCAUGUACCAGCAAUACCAAUACCAAACUGCGCCGCAGAUACCACAGAUGCAGCCCAUGCAGCAGGGCUUUAGCCCGCAGUACCAAUAUCCCUACUACCAGCAGGGCCAAUAUGCCCAGUACGCCGGCGCGGCGCAACCCUAUGGAGCACAACAGCUGUAUCAACAUCAGAUGCAGCAAGCGGCAAAUCGGCCGCCCUCUCAACAG